CAUGUAACAAAAUUAGAUAGCAAGUAUAUAAGUCCACAAACAUAGCUAGUUAGUAGCACUCACAACAAGCAACACACGUCUUAACCUAUUUGCACAUCAGCCUUAUUCUUGCUUUCUUCGAGUUUCAACUAUCUCAGACGAUGAAGAAAUCCUCCGCCGUCACAUCAACACUGUCUCUCUCCUUCUUCCUCCUCUUGCUCCUACCGUUUCUAGCUCGAUCCUCCGAUGACCUGAUCGACACAAUCUGCAAAGCGACACCGUUCUUUGACCUCUGUGAAGCUUCUCUCCGCCCGCUCUCUCCCUCACCUUCUGAUACCAAGUCUAUAGCCUCCGCAAUGGCCAACGUCGUGCUCGGAAACAUGACCGAUACCUUAGGAUAUAUCCAAUCACUCAUCAGACAGUCUCACGAUCCGGCGGCGGAGCGAGCGCUGGCUCAGUGCGCCGAAGUGUACCGGCCGGUGGUUCGGUUCAACAUUCCUCAGGCUAUCGAGGCAAUGCGGCGAGGAGAGUUCGGAUUCGCGACGUAUGUGCUCGGAGACGCUGAGAAACAGACUGAUUCUUGCCAGAAAUGGAUCAACAGUGCCGGCGCCGACGAUGAAAGCUUGGUGCCUCUUACGGCUAGAAUAACAACGGUUAAGAAUCUUUGUGACGUGGCCAUAUCUGUGAUUAAGUCUCUAGUGAAUGGUCGUUGAGAAUCUUUGUGUGGGUUUAAAAUAAUAAUCAUAUAUGUUCAUAUAUUUGUAAUCAUUGACACGAACUAAUAAAUUAAUAAACCCGGAA